AGAUAAGGAUGCAGUGGUUUUCCAAGUUGUGCAGCGCGGAGUGAAAAGUACUAGUACCCGGUUUGUUUUGACGGAGUAGUGACGGCGUCAUAUUCUGCACGGCAGAUAGAAGCCGACCCCACCACCAAAAAGAAUCGACAAACCGAUGCCCUCCACGUGGUACGGAACACGGAUGGAAACACAACAACGGAACAGUGAAGCCGCAGCCCCUCCUCCAAAACCCCUCCGUCCCCACAGACACACGGGGCCCACCUACAGAGGCAGAGAGCGCGCGCCGCGGCGAGAGCACAUGGGCCCCACCGCGCUCCACCUCAUCGCCGUCGCCGUCGCCGCCGUCGUGGCCGCGGCGGCGGCACCGGCUUCGGCGUCGGCGUCGGCGGCCGGGGCGUUCUCGGAGGUGCCGCCGGAGACGCCGUGCGCGGCGGCCAUCGUGUCGGUGGCGCCGUGCCUGGCGCACGUCGCGGUGGUGGCGCCGCCCGCGCGGCCCGCGCCCGCGCCCACGGAGGCCUGCUGCGCGGCCUUCCUCCGCGGCGUCUCCCCCAGCGGCGGCGGCGGGGAGGGGUGCUUCUGCCACCUGCUCCGCGACCCGCUCCUCCUUGGCUUCCCCGUCAACACCGCGAGGCUCGGCGCGCUCCUCCCCACCUGCGCCGCCGCCAACGCCAACGCCUCCGCGGCCGCCGCCGUCGAGGCCGCCACGCUCUUCGCCGACACGUGCCGAGACCUCAAGUCACUGCCAGAGAUGCGUUUCCUACCUGACCCACCUCCCACGCCAACAAUUUCUCCAGCUGCCGUCCCAGGAUCAAUGCCCCCGACGACGGAGGAGCGUUCGACGCCCGUGCCUGUGCCGCCACAGGACCGGUCUGGAUCGGAGACCUCAACUCCCAGCCGGAAUUUCCUUGUGGUGUUGUUAGCCCUAACAGCAGCAGCAGCGGCAGAUUUGAUCCAGCUGUAGUUCUGAUAUGUCAUUGCCCAUGCCCAGUACUCACGCUCCUGACGAACUUAUGCCUGUUGCGUCUUUCCUCUGUCGGUCGGCUUUGGACUCAAAUCAGGUGGUGCCGUGUGUUGUACAGAUGCAGGGGAGGAUGAUCUCUGAGAAAUUUUGUCCGGAAUGGUGAUGUUUUCUCUUUUGGUGUGCUCCGAUAGUCCGAUCCAUGGUAUGUCAGUACAAGUGUGCUGCUUCUGGCUAUGUCAUGCACCAUUGACAACA